AUGACAAAUUUCAAUGGCGCCGAAAGAUUUUCGAUAUCUAAUCUUCCAAAAUCUUUUGUAAAAUUUCUCGAGGAUAAUGAAAUUGAUCCGUCUGUGUACCACAUAAAUAAUCUUCCAAGAUAUAUUCGGUUGACAGGUCAGCACGAUCCACUGCUGCAGCAGGCAACCUUAAAAGAAUUGAGGGAACAAUUAAGCGGCCCAGUUUUGCAAGUGGAUGGAAUCGAUAAUUUUUGUAGGAUUGAUGCGAACGAAAAGAUCGUGGAUUGUCAAGCUUAUAAAGAUGGAAAGAUCUUUGGCAUGGAUUUAAGUUCCGGGAUUGCCGUCUAUUCUCUAGACAUUAAGCCGGACGACCAUAUACUUGAUUUAUGCUGUGCACCAGGCGCAAAACUAUGUAUGAUUGCAGAUUUACUUGCUAAUCAAAAAGGAAUCGGGACAAUAACGGGCGUGGAUAUUUCCAACCAUCGCGCUUCGACUUGUAAAAACUUGCUAAAGAAGUAUAAAGUGAAUCGCGCGAGGAUCUUUGUCGCAGAUGGUACACAGUUUUCUGUAAUGGCACCUUCGUAUCUAGAGCCUUUGAAACGUCUGGUAGAAGCAAACGACAGAAAAAAUAGUGGUAAUAAGGAGGAGCAGACUAAGGAUUAUAAACAUAGAAAAAAUGAUGUUGAGCGUAAUCCCAUAGUUAAACCUUUUUGGGCGCCGCAAAUACUUCGAAGUGAUCCACAGAUUGUCGAUGAAAAAUAUUUGUAUGAUAAGGUUAUUGUUGACGCGGAAUGCACUCAUGAUGGAUCGAUUGCCCAUAUACUUAAAUAUGAAAAGUGGGGAUGGGACGCUUUCGAAAAAAACUUUAUGAAUCCUGACAGAGUCAAUAAUCUCUGGGAUCUACAACGCAAAUUAAUUAUAAACGCAUGGAACCUACUAAGACCGGGCGGAAUCCUUGUUUAUAGCACGUGUAGCUUAUCACGGAAACAAAACGAGGAUGUGAUUGGAUGGUUUCUAAGUGGACAUAUGAAUGAUGCUAUACUAGAGCCUAUACCUGAUAUCGGAACAUUGAAAACGGCGUCAUUGAGAAACAAUAACAAUAUUGAUAUUUCAAAUGCUAUUCGUUUCGAUCCUUUAAUUUCAAAUACUUCGGGAUUUUUUGUUGCAAGAAUUAGGAAAAAAUAA